AUGGCUGAAUAUUUCGAUCCCCUGGCUCUCGUCUUGAAUUACACUUUAGGAGACUAUCCCUUGCUGGUGACAUUUGGCCAGCUUGAACAUUCCACUCAGACAUUCAUGAAGUUUGCAAUCAUCCACGGCGUGGCUGCGGGCGUGGGACUUCUCUUGCUAAUGAUGUCGUGGAUCAUUGUCAUCAAUAAGAAAACACCAAUUUUUAUUCUAAACCAGGUGACUUUACUACUCUUGGUGCUCAGAUCUACUCUUUAUCUUGUAUACUUGAGAGGUCCGCUCACUCAAUUAUCAUACAUUUACACUGGUAUUUUUAAUGGGUCUUGGAGAGCAUAUCAUGUCUCUGUCGCAGCAAAUGUUCUCUUCUGCUUCUUAGUCGCUUCGGUUGAAGCUACCAUGGUUUUUCAAGUCUAUGUGAUGUUCAAGCCCAAUAAUAAGAAGGUAUGGGGCCACACUUUGGUUCUUGUAUGUGGUGCUUUGGGAGUUGGAGUCGUUGGACUUUACAUUAAUUCUUCAGUUCAUGCCACAAAGGUUUUAACAGCACAGUUGGCAAACAAGGAGUUCACCCAGUAUGCGAGUUGGAUUGGCAAUCUUCCAAUUAUCAUGUUCUCAGCAACUGUUAACAUUCUCAGUGUAAUAUUGAUCUUGAAACUUGCUAAUGCUGUUCGGACGAGAUGGACACUCGGGCUAAAGCAGUUCGGUAGUUUCCAUAUUCUUAUUAUCAUGAUCUCACAAACCUUCAUCAUUCCUUCGGCAUUGGUGAUCGCCAAUUACAAAAACACUUCUUCAAAUUUCUUAUCUUCUCUUAGUUUUAUUAUUGCCGUGUUCAAUUUACCUUUGGGUUCUUUGUGGGCCAUUUCGUCGAACAAUGGUACACAUCCCACUUCAGCACCCAAUACUCUUUUGAGUAGAACUGACACUUCAAUAUCUUCCCAAAAUACGCUUGCUACCAAAGAGAAGUAUUUGGGUAAAUUUAUUACACCACCAGUGACGGACAUCGAAAAGAGCGCAGGUUCUGUCAAUCAUUUCGAUGGCCAUGAAUUGGAGUCACUUGAGGAAAUUUUCCAGAAUUUUGAAGAUAGAGGAAAAGUGUCGGUGAUUACUAGCGGCUUUAAGUAG